ACCCCCACGCCCUCAGGUUUCCGAGUCAUCAGCGAACGUGAGUGGGUGACAGGACUCGGCGCUGCCGCAUCCCGCGCCACCGCCUGCUGCGCCUCCUUCGUUCCGCUUCGGGUUCAGCACUGGACAGCUCCCGCCCCAAUCCGACAAAUGGCAGUCAGCUGAUUGACAGAGGAGCCGACCAAACAGGACACAAGACAACGCGAAGCCGCCCUACGACGAGGGUUUGGUUGCGGCCAAACUGCCUCUUUAAACCGGCUUUCCUCCCGAGAGCAGGGACAGGGAGGAGUGUGGUUUGUGGCCAAACGUAUAGGCUCCGACUAACCAGCUGCCGGGCCCUGUCGACUCCAGACAAACGUCCUAAAAGGAAGCCCCGCUCCUCGGGACUCGCUGCUGCGCCCGCGGAGCUGUCCGUGCGCGCGCUCCUUGCCUGGUGGCCAAGCCGAGCAGGAGGAGUCCCGGCUGGGAGGCGGCAACGACCUGCCGCCGCUGAGAGGAUGGAGCAGCGUUUCUGGCGGCCAAGGCGGCGGCAGCAGCUCUCGAGCACACCUCAGUGAGAGCGGCUGCGGAGAGGCUGAGCAGAAAGACGUAAGCAGGCCAACUGUAGCUGCCGGGAGCGCGAGGGGAUGUAACCUGUUCGGCUCAAGGCUGUGAGGUGCGUAAUCCUGAGCUGAGCCAUCCUGGAGCCGGUGCAGACAGCGUGGUCACAGGUGAUUUUAUUUCCUGUGACGGAGGUUUAGCCAGCGGGGCCAGUUUCGUAACAUUGUUAUUUUCAAGUCCUUUUGGACUGGCUGUCAUCUGGUGAAGAAGGGGGAAGACUCUUAGUACAAGUCUGACUGGUGUAAACUGAUGACCAAAAUUUAAAAAGUGACUUCUCCACGUUACCUCCUCUCUUCGCUGCGAGACAGAUGGGAACCAUGGCUUAUCCCUUACUUUUCUGCCUCCUGCUCGCUCAUCCGGGUUUGGGAGCUGCUGGCGCCAGCCGAGACUCGCCCGGGCGGUCGGAUUCCCCUCGAGAGAGGGCCGUGAGAGCGAAACAGCACGCCCAGCAGCUGGCUAGAGCCUCUGCUUCGGACCCCUCUGCUCCCUGGAGCCGCUCCACCGAUGGCACCAUCUUGGCGCAGAAACUCGCCGAGGAGGUGCCCAUGGACGUGGCCUCUUACCUCUACACCGGGGACUCCCACCAGCUGAAGGGAGCCAACUGCUCCAGGCGCUAUGAGUUGGCUGGCCUGCCGGGAAAGUCGCCAGGCCUAGCCAGCUCCCAUCCCUCCUUGCACGGGGCUCUGGACACGCUGACACACGCCACCAACUUCCUCAACAUGAUGCUGCAGAGCAAUAAGUCGCGAGAACAGAACUUGCAGGACGACCUGGAGUGGUACCAGGCACUGAUGCGGAGCGUCUUGGAGGGCGAGCCCAGCAUCUCGCGGGCGGCCAUCACCUUCAGCACCGAGUCGCUGUCCGCGCCGGCCCCGCAGGUCUUCCUUCAGGCCACGCGCGAGGAGAGUCGCAUCCUGCUCCAGGACCUGUCCUCCGCGCACCACCUGGCCAACGCCACGCUGGAGACCGAGUGGUUCCACGGCCUCCGGCGCAAGUGGAGGACUCACUUCCACCGCCGCGGCUCCAGUCAGGGGCCCCGGGGCCUGGGUCAUAGCUGGCGGCGCAGGGACGGGCUUGGCGGAGACAAGAGCCAUGUCAAGUGGUCCCCGCCUUAUCUGGAGUGCGAGAAUGGGAGUUACAAGCCCGGCUGGCUGGUCACUCUCUCCGCUGCUUUCUACGGGUUGCAGCCUAACCUGGUCCCGGAAUUCAGGGGUGUCAUGAAAGUUGACAUAAAUCUUCAGAAAGUGGACAUUGACCAAUGUUCAAGUGAUGGCUGGUUUUCAGGAACUCACAAAUGUCACCUUAACAAUUCUGAGUGUAUGCCAAUUAAAGGCCUGGGAUUCGUGCUUGGAGCCUAUCAGUGUAUUUGCAAAGCAGGAUUCUAUCAUCCUCGAGUCUUCUCAGUGAACACCUUUCACAGAAGGGGUCCGGAUCACCAUUUUGCAGGAAGUGCAAAAGAUGUGUCAGAAGAAGCCUAUGUCUGCCUACCCUGCAGGGAAGGCUGCCCCUACUGUGCUGAUGACAGCCCCUGCUUUGUCCAGGAGGAUAAGUAUUUGCGACUUGCUAUCAUCUCCUUCCAAGUACUGUGUAUGCUGCUCGACUUCGUUAGCAUGCUGGUGGUCUACCACUUUCGCAAAGCAAAGAGCAUCAGGGCAUCAGGCCUUAUCCUGUUGGAAACAAUCCUUUUUGGGUCUCUGCUUCUGUACUUCCCAGUUGUUAUUUUGUACUUUGAGCCAAGCGCAUUUCGCUGUGUUCUCCUAAGAUGGGUCCGUCUUCUCGGUUUUGCUACUGUUUAUGGAACUGUCACUCUAAAGCUUCACAGGGUUUUGAAAGUGUUUCUUUCACGAACAGCUCAACGGAUUCCGUAUAUGACUGGUGGACGGGUCAUGAGGAUGCUGGCAGUAAUACUGCUAGUAGUGUUUUGGUUUCUUGUUGGCUGGACUUCAUCUGUUUGCCAGAAUUUGGAAAGGCAGACUCCACUUAUUGGCCAAGGGCAGACAUCUGAUCACCUCAUCUUCAAUAUGUGCCUCAUCGAGCGCUGGGAUUACAUGACAGCUGUUGCUGAAUUUUUAUUCCUUUUGUGGGGUGUUUAUCUCUGCUAUGCAGUACGGACAGUCCCAUCAGCAUUUCACGAGCCACGCUAUAUGGCGGUUGCAGUUCACAAUGAGCUCAUUAUCUCUGCUGUAUUCCAUACAAUCAGAUUUGUUCUUGCUUCAAGACUUCAGUCUGAUUGGAUGUUGAUGCUAUAUUUUGCACAUACUCAUUUGACUGUGACAGUCACCAUUGGGUUGCUUUUAAUUCCAAAGUUUUCACAUUCAAGCAAUAACCCACGAGAUGACAUUGCUGCAGAAGCAUAUGAAGAUGAGCUAGACAUGGGCCGAUCUGGAUCCUACCUGAACAGCAGCAUCAAUUCAGCCUGGAGCGAGCACAGCCUAGAUCCAGAGGACAUCCGGGAUGAGCUGAAGAAACUCUACACCCAGCUGGAAAUAUAUAAAAGGAAGAAGAUGAUCACAAAUAACCCCCACCUCCAGAAAAAGCGGUGCUCCAAGAAGGGCUUAGGCCGUUCAAUCAUGAGGCGCAUCACCGAGAUCCCAGAGACGGUCAGCAGGCAGUGUUCCAAAGAGGACAAGGAGGUCACGGACCACAGCACAACCAAAAGCACCGCCCUGGUCAGGAAGAAUCCACAGGAGUAUUCCGGUAACACUGGGAAGCCCAAGGAGGAGUCCCUGAAAAACCGAGUCUUCUCACUAAAGAAAUCCCACAGCACUUACGAUCAGGUGAGGGAACAAGCGGAAGAGCCCAGUAGCGUCCAAGUGGGAAGCGGAGAAGAGGCGGCUACUGAAAACUCCACAUUGGAGUCUCUAUCGGGUAAAAAACUCACACAGAAACUGAAAGAAAGCGAGGCCGAGUCCACGGAGUCUGUGCCUUUGGUGUGUAAAUCAGCCAGUGCUCACAACCUCAGCUCGGAGAAGCAGCCGGGGCACCCACGCACAUCCAUGUUGCAGAAGUCUCUCAGCGUCAUAGCCAGUGCCAAGGAGAAGACUCUUGGAUUAGCUGGGAAAACCCAAACAUCAGGCACGGAGGAGCGUGCCAAAUCCCAGAAACCUCUGCCAAGAGAGAAAGAGAUAAACAAGAAAUACUCAAAUUCAGAGAGCACAGAGACCAAAGAUUCUGCCUCUCCAAACGUCAAUCAUUCAGAGGAGCCAAGAAAACCUCAGAAAUCUGGGAUUAUAAAGCAACAAAGGGUCAAUCUCCCCACUGCUGAUACUGAAAUGAACCCAGGCACCACUCAGAUGAAGAAGAAUUUUGACAUAGGGGAAGUGUGCCCUUGGGAAAUUUAUGACCUGACCCCUGGUCCUGUGCCUUCAGAAUCAAAAGUUCAGAAACAUGUAUCUAUUGCGGCUUCUGAAAUGGAGAAAAGCCCAUCUUCUUCCUUGAAGGAGAAAUCUCAUCAGAAGCUUAAGACAGCUGAACUAUGUCAGCAGCCCAAUCAGAAGAGCAUAGACAAGACUGCAGUAUUCCCUUGGGAAAGCCAAGGCCAGUCCCUUUUCGAAGAUGAGAAGCAUUUGAUUUCCAAGACUCAGGCAAUCCCAGGGAGAGCUGAGAAUGGCAAUCAGCAUUACGCAGCCAGUGUGUGUGCUGGGCCAUAUGAGGGACUGACCCCCAAAGUGGUAGCAUCAACAGUAGUGAAUGAAAAUCUCAACCAAAUAGGAGGCCAGGAAAAAAAGACAUCUUCCUCUGAAGAAAAUGUGCCUGGCUCUUAUAACUCAAGUAAAAACUUUCAGCAACCUUUAACAACACGAGCUGAGGUGUGUCCUUGGGAGUUUGAGCCCCCAGAUCAACCAAAUGCUGAAAGAAUUGUAGCUCUACCUGUCUCUUCUGCUUUAAGUGCAAAUACAAUAGGAGGGCCUCGGAAAUAA